AUGGCACAAGUUCGUUCAACACUACGACAGGCAAACAGUCUUCAUCCUAAAAUAGUCACUACUCUCCAUAUCAAUGACACCAAAGACUGUUAUUUUGAUGUAAUUUACGUAUUACCACCCAGUGUCUUUGUGGAUCCAUAUCAACUUCAGGACUUGACACCUUUGAUUGGCACACCCACUAUCUUUGGCGAGCACGACCUCGAACUUCCACUUGAGAAAAUCAAAGAAACGCGCGGUAGUAUUGUGAUUCUGAGACAAUCCAAGAUACCCACUGUAUUGGAACUUCCGCUUCACUUAAGAUACCAACAACCUUCUAUCGAAACAACAGAACAGACUAUUACCAUACCAGCUCCCUUUGCAGGCUGGACCUGCGGACAAAGUCAAUGGCCACCUUUAUCAGAUCAAUUCUCGUUGGUGCCACCUGCUCCUGCUAGUACAUUUACCUAUCUGGACCAUGACCCUACAGCAUCACUUACAUUGUCUGUGCCAGUGGGUAAGAUACAAGAUGGCUGGAUGGUGAGUUGGGGUACAGUGAGUAUUGUGUUGGUUUGUACUUUGUGGGUUGCUCAAUCGAUUAUGACAUCAAUACAAAAAAGAAAAAGAACAGAAGCAAAAGGAAAAAGAAGAAAAUCUGAAUAA